ACUGCAGUACAAACUAGCGACUUGGUGACUGCGCUUCUGUGAAUCACGGAAUAGGAAAUAGAUUUCACGUAAAUUAAGACAAUGUCGCUUUAAUGGGCGUGCAGGCGACACCUUUUUAAAUAUUACAAACUGCCCACGCUGUCCCAGACGGUAUUCUUACAGAGGAGAGCAAGAAGCAAAUGCUAAGAAUCACAAUAGCGAAAACAGCAAAAAAUAACAACGGCAAUAUUAACAAUGCCGCAUUAGCGUACUGUGUUCGGUUAUCUGUGCGACUUUACACGUUUUUUGGAAGUCGUGGGUAAUAAAUACAUCAAUCAGGAAGUGUUGCCCAUCCGUGCAAAUCAACAGGAGUACAUCUUUGCCUAUAUCCUUGACUGAAUGUUAACAUGUAAUGUGUUAUCAUUACACAUCUCUGAUCAGUCAUGAAGCGAAACUAGAAUUAGAGUAUGUUACUUAGAUCCAGGACAACCCCAACUGCAAUCUUCCUGAUCGGUUUGUCUUUUUUUACGCAUUGCAAGCUUAUACUUGCUUUAAUACGCGCCGACCACCUCGGUUUGGGUCACAGCUUAUCGUACAUCUUUCGUACGUCGUCAGUCGGAUUGUUGUGGCUCUAAUCUGCUGCGACGUCUUCUCCACCAGUUCAACUGGUGUGUUACGCACAAGGGAAGCAACAUCACGGAAGUUUGCACUAGUGAAAUAUGUAGUUUAAAAUGCAUUAGGACCGCGGGGACGCCCUCCGGAUUUCACUAAAGGGGAGCAAUACCUACUGCAGACGGUACAUAACCGAUGUUAAGACCGGGUGUCUCUCUGCUCCUGGGCACCUGAACUAGUCACCAGCCGAACAAGGGCAUCCCGUCUGUUGUCAUUUUCUAUGCUAAAAUUAUUAUUUGGAUUACCGAGAGAUGGGAGCCCUUUUUUCGGCGCCAGACGACCACUUCCAAGAUUUAUCAGAGAAGACGGGAUUUUCCCCGGAGCAGAUCCAAAUCCUGCACAAGAGGUUCAAGCAGUUGAGCAACGACGAGGACUCGUUACGGAGAGAUGACUUUAACAACAUCACGGACCUGGCCUGUAACCCAAUACGGACCCAAAUCAUCGAAGCCUUCUUCGACAAAAGGAACUACCGGCAGAACGCCGUGGGCUCGGUGGAGGAGAUCAGCUUCGAGCAGUUCGUCAUCGUCAUGUCUCAUUUCCUACCUGUGCCGCUGCACAACAUGACAGAAGAGCAGAGGGAACGCAUGAGGAGAGAGAAACUCCGCUUCCUGUUUAACAUGCAUGACACGGAUAAUGACGGGACCAUCACACUAGAGGAAUACAAGCAUGUGGUGGAGGAGCUCCUGUCUCGCAGCGGCGCCAUAGGAAAGGAGACGGCCAAGGGGAUCGCUGAUGCAGCCAUGCUGGAAGUGGCCAGCAUCACAGUGGGCCGCAUGAACCCUGACGACUUCUAUGAAGGCAUCACCUUUGACCACUUUCUAAAGAUUCUGAAAGACAUUGAGAUUGAAACAAAGAUGCACAUUCGCUUCCAGAACAAUGCCUGUGCGCUGUGCUAAUGAGCUCAUCUCCUCACUGGCUGCAGAUCCAGCUCCAGCAACUCACAUGGCCUCUCCCAGGAUUUGCAAACGAGCAAGUAGAUUUUUACCAAGCAAAAAAAAAAACAAAGAAAAAAACAUCAGUGAUGUUUUCUUUUUUCUUUCUCCCGAAUAAUUCUAGAAUGUACCUUUUUGAUCAUGUUACUCAAUUUCAUACCCAUAUAUUCACACAUCUAUGCAGAUCUAGAUUUGACCAAAUAUACUUAGUGAAUACGGAUGCAACUGUAUAAACACUGUAGUCUACGUGAUGCCUAGAGGUUCUCAAAAAAGUAAAUAAUACAGAAAUAUGCAAUAAUAUGCAUGUAAUGUAAUUGUUGGUGCCUGUUCCCAUUGCCCUAAAAUUAGAUGCACGCAUACUAUGCAGUAUUCUACUAUGUGCAAUAAGACGGAUCUCAUCACCAGCGUACAACUACAGUAUCUGUCACACUCUAAAUGGCAUGAGAACUAUAUGAGUAAACACUCUUGGGUUUGCAUAAAUAUUGUCAUAAACAUAUCCCCAUGUAAAGCCUACAUAUUUGCAUGGAAAUACUUGCACACAUCAAUAAUUAAUACUAGAAGGGGAAAGAUAUAGGCCUAUUAGCCAUAACAUUAAAACCACCACUGACCCACUGAGGCAUGGGCUCCACAAGACCUCUGAAGGUGUCCUGUGGUAUCUGGCACCAAGAUGUUAGCAGUAGAUUCUUUAAGUCCUAUAAGUUGUGAGGUGGGACCUCCAUGGUUUGGACUUGUUUCUCCAGAACAUCCCUCUAAUGCUGCAAUCAGACUCAAUUUGGAGGCCAAGUCAACCACUUGAACCUUUUUUCAUGCUCCUCAAUCCAUUCCUAAACAAUUCUUGCAGUGUGGCAGGGUGGAAUAUCCUGCUAAAAGAGGCCAUUGAGGAAUACUGUUGCCAUGAAGCGGUGUACCUGGUUAGGUAGGUGCUACGUGUCAAAGUAACACCCCCAUGAAUGCCUAGACCCAAGGUUUCCUAGCAGAACAUUGGCCAGAGGAUCACACUGCCCCUGCCAGCUUGCUUUCUUCCCAAAGUGCAUCAUGGUGCCAUCUCUUCCCCAGGUAAUCAACACACACACACCUGGCCGCCCACAUGAUGUAACAGAAAAUGUGACUCAUCAGACCAGGCCACCUUCUCCCAUUGCUCCUUGGUCUAGUUCAGACGCUCACGUGCCCAUUUAGGUGGUUUCAGAGGUAGACAGGGAUCAGAAUGAGCACCCUGACUGGUCUGCCCCAGACUCAGCAAGCUGCAAUGCACUGUGUGUUCUGACACCUUUCUAUCAUAGCCAGCAUUAACUUUUUCAGCAAUUAGACCUACAGUAGCUCUCCUGUGGGAUCGGACAAGGCACACCAAUGAGUUUUGGGUGCCUAUGACCCCAUUGCCAGUUCACCCUUUGGCCUUCCUUGGCCUUCCUACUGACCACUGCAUACCAGGAACACCCCACCAGACCUACCGCUCUGGAGAUGCUCUGACCCAGUCUUCCAGCCAGCACAAUUUGGCCCUUGUCAGAGCCGCUUAGAUCGGUACACUUCCCCUAUUUUCCCUGCUUCCAACACAUAAACUUCAAGAACUGACUGUCCCCUUGCCUAAAUAACAUAAAUAACCUCUGUCAGGUGCCAUUUUAGAGAGAUAAUCAGUGUUAAUCAUUUCACCUGUCAGUGGUUUUAAUGUUAUGAUUGACCGGUGUAUAUUCCAAGAAUAUUUUCAAGAAUAAAGAAAUUGUGGUUCUCUCCAUGCAUGUUUCACGUCAAGGUUCCAUCACACGUGACAGCAAGCCUGUGGAGCAGUGUUCAUGGCUGUGACCUAUGAACACGGCCAUUCUCCGCUCUUUAGAUUACGUUCUAAGAGUAAUCAGUCAUGUUAAAUGUGAGCUUCAGCUAAAUAACAAAAAUCAAUACCAUCACACAACUUUCGGUGCCAGUCAGCCUGUCAGAGGUUACAGAUACAGUGUUAAACAAUAUACUGAGAUUUUUUUUGUCGUUUAUAGACCUGCAUUGAAGUCACCUCCUUCCAAAUCAACCAUAGGGACUGUUAUUUAAAAAUCUCUGUGUUUUGCUGAGAACAGUAAUCUGAAGCCUUCCCAAAAUGUUGCCUGUAUGGUAUGACUGAAUGCAAAAACGCCUUCAUACUGGUUUAGUGUGGAACUGCAGUUCUGCAUGCACAGAGUAGCACCUGUUUCAUCUGGGUGUCGCGUUUUAUUUUCUUCUCCUCUUUCAUUUGUUAGUACUGCCCUCUAGUGGUUUCAUGUGUAUGACAGACAUUCUCUGGAACAUGUACAAAGAGCAGAAAUAUCUUUUUAAACUUUCUCUUAGAUAAAGAGCUGUUAGGUCCUCUUAUUUUGGAAUAAAUUACAACUGUGCCUUCCAUAAUAGCUUAUUUUUAUCGACAAGUGUUUGCAUGUGAAUGAACACAAUAUAUUUGUCGAAUAAAAUAUUUAAAACCUA